AUGCCAAAAACAGCGAUCGUAACUGGAAGUUCUUGCGGCAUUGGUGCAGCAGCAGCUAGACUUUUCGCAAGAAAAGGGUACAAUGUCGUCGUUCAUGGAAGAAAUAAACAGAAACUGCAAGGAGUUUACGAUGAAAUCAAAGAAAUAGGGACAGGAGGAGUCCACAUGGUGGAAAUGGAGCUGUCCAAUCUUUCUGAUAUUCCGCGGGUCAUAAAAGAAACUGUCGAAAUCUUCGGCGGAAUCGACGUCCUUGUCAACAAUGCUGCCCUCCUCGCUCAAGGCAACAUCGAGCAAGUGACUGAAAUCGAAACAGACAAGCUAUUCGCUGUGAAUGUCAAAGCUCCAAUGUUUCUGAUACAAGAAGCUCUACCUUUUCUGAAAAAGGCGAAAGGCGCCAUCGUCAAUGUCUCUUCUGUUUGCAGCUCCUAUCAAACAAAUAACCACUUGAUCUAUGCUAUGACAAAAGCGGCUCUGGAUCACAUGAGUGUCACUCUUGCCGGGAAUCUUGCAGCCGACGAAGUCCGGGUCAAUACCGUCAAUCCAGCUGCUGUUCUGACAGAAAUUUGGCAAAAAGCGCAUGGUCUUCCAGAAGAAGCAAUGGCAGGAUUUGCGGAAAAAGUCAAGGAAAACCAGCCGAUGGGAAUUUUAUCACCAGAAGAAGUUGCUCAAGUAUGA